AUGCCCUCUCUUGGGGUGUCCAUCUGUUUCACCCCAGCAGAAUGGGACCUGUUGGAUCCGGGCCAGAAAAUUCUCUACAGGGAAGUCAUGCAGGAGAACUAUCUGAGCGUAAUCUCUCUGGCAGGGGAUGAUCAGAGAAACGAGGAGGGCGAGGAAUUUGAGCAGCAGCUGCCAGAUAAAGUUCAAGAUUUGAAAGAAAACAGUAGAAAUCGAGGCAGACCUAAGAGAAAAGAAGGCAGCUGUAUGGAUGAGAAGAGAGAAGGAAAAAGUUGCAGUGGCCAUCUUCAACAGCAUCAGAGAACUCACACAGGGGAGAAACCUUUUGAAUGCUCAGAGUGUGGAAAGAGAUUCAGUCGCAGUAGUACUCUAAAUCGGCAUCAGAGCACCCACACAGGGGAGAAACCUUUUGAAUGCUCAGAGUGUGGAAAGAGAUUCAGUCAGAGUAGGUGUCUUCAACUGCAUCAGAGAACCCACACAGGGGAGAAACCUUUUGAAUGUUCAGAGUGUGGAAAGAGAUUCAGUCGGAGUGACAGUCUUCAACAGCAUCAGAGAACUCACACAGGGGAGAAGACUUUUGAAUGUUCAGAGUGUGGAAAGAGAUUCAGUCGAAGUUACAGUCUUCAACUGCAUCAGAGAACGCACACAGGGGAGAAACCUUCUGAAUGCUCAGAGUGUGGAAAGAGAUUCAGUCACAGUAGUGAUCUUCAAAAGCAUCAGAGAACCCACACAGGGGAGAAAACUUUUGAAUGCUCAGAGUGUGGGAAGAGAUUCAGUCGCAGUGGCACUCUAAAACUGCAUCAGAGAACCCACACAGGGGAGAAACCUUUUGAAUGUUCAGAGUGUGGGAAGAGAGUCAGUUGCAGUAGUACUCUAAAACUGCAUCAGAGAACCCACACAGGGGAGAAACCUUUUGAAUGCUCAGAGUGUGGAAAGAGAUUCUGUCGCAGUAGUACUCUAAAUCUUCAUCAGAGAACCCACACAGGGGAGAAACCUUUUGAAUGCUCAGAGUGUGGGAAGAGAGUCAGUUGCAAUAGUACUCUAAAACUGCAUCAGAGAACCCACACAGGGGAGAAACCUUUUGAAUGCUCAGAGUGUGGAAAGAGAUUCAGUCUGAGUUGCAAUUUUCAACGGCAUCAGAGGACCCACACGGGAGAAACCUUUUGAAUGCUGAGACUGUGGAAAGUGAUUAAGUUGGAGUCGCCAUCUUGAAC